CCUGGGACGGGCAGGUGUCAAGAGCUGUCAAGGGCAGUGCAGGUUAGUUGACGCCGUUAUGUGAGUGCCCCCGAGGCCCCAGAGGAAAUUGGAGGAUGCCCCCGACCAGACGCAUAGUGAAGGUGCUGCGCAACGGCGCCCCCGACGGCCCGCGGAUAGUGGCGCUGCCCGAGUCGCCCGACGACUGCCAGCAGCUGCUGCAGAGCUUGUGGGGCUGCGCCCCCCUUAGGAUGUUCCUGGAGGACGGCAGCGCGCUGACCGACUGCGAUUGCCUGCGCGAUGGAGACACCGUCCAUGUGUCGAGCGGGGAGGGCUUCGCCCCCCGCUGCUCGCCGGACGAGUGGGUGACGCUGAACGUGGGGGGCACCAGCUUCAGCACCACGCGCAAAACCCUCACCAUGGCGGAGCCCCACAGCAUGCUGGCGCGCAUGUUUUCGCAGGAGAGCGAGUUCCAGCCGAGCCGCCGCGACCGGAACGGGGCGUGGCUGAUCGACCGCAGCCCCCAGUACUUCGCGCCGCUGCUGCACUACCUGCGCUGCGGCCAGCUGGUGCUGGACGGGGGCGUGAGCCCCGAGGGCGUGCUGGGCGAGGCGCGCUUCUUCGGCCUCGACUCGCUCAUCCCCACGCUGGAGCAGAUGCUGCUGGAGACGCGCGAGUGUCGCGACGAGGCGCCGCUCACGCGCCGCGACGUCGUCGACGCGCUGAUCCGCAGCUCCAACUCAGAAGUGCUGCGCUUCCAGGGCGUGAACCUGGCGGGCGCCGAUCUGAGCAAGCUCGACCUGCGCGCCAUCAACUUCAAGUACGCCAACAUGCAGCGCUGCAACCUGGCGGCCGCCAAUCUGAGCUGGUGCUGUUUGGAGCGCGCCGAUCUCUCCCACGCCGUCCUGGACAAUGCGCAACUGUCGGGCGUGAAGGGGCUGCGCGCCGUCAUGGAGGGCGCCUCGAUGCGCAACUGCAACUUCACCGACCCGGUGGGCGGGGCCAACCUGGAGGGCGUCAACCUGAAGGGGGCGUGUCUGGAGGACAGCGAUCUGGGCGACGCCAAUCUGCGCAUCGCCAACUGCCGCAACGCCAACCUCAAGAACUGCAAUCUGCGCUCGGCCGUGUUGGCUGGCGCCGACUUGGAGAAGUGCGACCUAUCGGGCAGCGACCUGUUCGAGGCCAAUCUGCGCGGCGCCAACUUGAAAGACGCGGUUUUGGAGCUGAUGCAGACGCCGCUGCACAUGAGCCAGACCAUCCGCUGACCGGCCACCAAUAAACGCACAGGCUUCAAAAAA